GGAAGGCAGAGGGACCGCGGAGCAAACAGCACGCCCGCCCGUGCAGAGCCAGCCAGCGAGCGCCAGCGGAGCCCGCGUGGAGGGAGCCACAGAUUGAUCCUGCAAGAUGAACACCCUGCUGUCCCGGGCCAACUCGCUGUUCGCCUUCACGCUGAGCGUCAUGGCGGCGCUCACCUUGGGCUGCAUCCUCACCACCGCCUUCAAAGACAGGAACGCGCCCGUGCGCCUGCACGUCUCCAGGAUCCUGCUCAAAAAAGUGGAAGACUUCACUGGACCCAGAAAAAAGAGCGACCUGGGCUUCAUCACCUUCCACAUCUCUGCGGAUCUGGAGAAGACUUUCGACUGGAACGUCAAGCAGCUCUUCCUUUAUCUGUCGGCAGAAUAUUCCACCAAAAGCAACGCCGUGAACCAGGUGGUCCUCUGGGACAAGAUCCUUCUGCGAGGCGAGAACCCCAAGCUGGACCUGAAAGACGUCAAAAGCAAGUAUUUUUUCUUUGACGAUGGACAUGGUCUCAAGGGAAACAGGAAUGUCACUCUGACUCUCUCCUGGCAAGUUAUACCGAUUGCUGGGAUCCUGCCUCUUGUGACUGGAUCUGGACGCGUGUCUGUCCCAUUUCCAGAUUCCUAUGAAAUAGCCACGACUUUUUGAAGAAAACCUUCUGCAUCGGAAAAGGGACUUCUGUGUACCUAAGGAAUCAUAGUUUAAAACUGUCAGAACAUGAAGAAACUUGUGCUGUAACAGUUUGUGUGUGGCAUUCAUGCAUGCUUACACUGAAUGUGAUUUAGAAGCAGACAUUUGUUCAUCUCUUGUAAAGCAUGCUUGAUUCCUGGAAAAAAAAAUCAGUUAACAUGAUCGUUUGUUAGAUGCCAUAAGUGGUGGAAAUAAGGUGACUAACAAGUUUUCCUGAAGAGUGAAUAUAUGUUUAUUCUUUAAAUCAUUGUAACACAGUUACUGAUAUGCUGAAUGGCUGAGAAAUAUGGGUCUUUCCAGGUUUUUCCUCCAAUAGUUUUUGUGUUUUACUUUUGUUUCUUAGAAAAAAAUAAUGCUUUGAUAUUGUCAGUGAAAGUUGAAAACAGUUGCAUGAUUUUCCUGUUGAGUUUCAGUCUGUAUGUUUUCUACCACUAGAUGCUAGGUAUGUACAGUUAUCUGCAACUCUCUGUUUUGAUAAGUAUUGGAGUAAUAGUAACACUCAUAGUUUAAUUUUUUCAUUUACAAACUCUCUUACAUGUAAUUGUAUUGUAUUGCCAAUAAUCUCGGGAUGUAUAUAAUAGAAACAUGGGCUGAUGCUAGGGGAAUCAUUUCAAGCUUAAAUAGCUAGCAAAAGAAAUGAAGUCUAACUUUGAUCUUGGAUAUUUUCAUUCCCUAAGUUUAUUCCAUCCCUCAUACCUGAGAUGACAUCAUAGUACAAUUUCAUUUGUC